UUCAACUUUUCAAGUGAAUUAAAACAUUUGCGUAGGGAAUUCACAUUUAAUAUAACAAUUUCCUGUAAUGAACAAAAAUCGUUUAGUACCAACCGGGGAUGUGGGUGAAAAUGCUGAUAACAAUCAAAUAUUUGUGGGAUCCCCUUUAGAGUAUCAGGCAUUUUUAAAACCUAAUGUUAAACCGGAAGAAGAGAUUAUAGACGCAUGUAGCGAUGAACAUUUAGAAGCUAAUGAUUCAGCGGAGGAAAAACAUCUUAGUAGUGUGUGUAAUUUUUUCAGCAAAUAUGCGUUGCACUCCAUGAACGAUGUGGCUCGAAUGGAAGAAAAUUUUCAUAGCUUGUCAAACGAUGACCAACUCCUACUUAUGGAAAAUAUAACAGAUCGAAUUGAUAAUAUUAAAAAAUGUGUGUUAGCGAAUCAAAAAUUUCUUAACUUACUUAUUUCGGAUCAAUCUCAAUGCUGCCAUAUAGAACAACAUGCUGAAUCUUUAGUCAAUCAAGAAGAAAGUAAUGAAGAUGAAAAGACCAAGCAAAAGAACUGUACUUCCAUUUCUUCCAAAUCUGUGGAUACCAGCCUGGAAAAUUGCGAUUUUUAUACUUUAAAAGAAAAUUUAAAAGACACAUGUGAUUCAGAAAAGUUAGAACAUGAGAUAUCUCUUCCAAAUUGUCAUUUAAAGGAUACGAAACCAAACAUCCAUCAUUUUCACAAUUAUGAAACAUCCGAAUUCAUCCGUAAUAAUAAUAUAUCAAAAGUUCGAAGUACUUUACGACAAUUCGUUCGUGAUUGGUCUACUGAUGGAGCUGCAGAACGUCAAACUGCUUAUUUGCCGCUUUUAAAUGCAUUAGAACAGGAGAUUCCUUUAAAACCCUUUAUUGAAAAAAAUAAAAGGCUACCAAGAGUCUUAUGUCCAGGAAGUGGACUGGGUAGACUCCCAUUUGAAGUAGCCAAAAGGGGUUACGGCUGCCAGGGCAAUGAAUUCUCAUUUUUCAUGUUAUUGGGUUCUAGCUUUGUUCUAAACUCAAAAAUUAAAACAAACUCGUUAACCAUUUUUCCGUACUGUUUAUGUACUUCAAAUCGAAUGCGUCAUGAAGAUCACCUUGUAGCUGUCAAAGUACCAGAUGUUUGUCCCCUUGAUUGGAUUCAGGUUGGACAUGAUUUUUCUAUGUGUGCUGGAGAAUUUGUCGAGGUGUAUUGGGAACAAGAGAAACAAUGGGAUGCAGUUUUAACUUCUUUUUUUAUAGAUACUGCUAAAAACGUAUUUCAGUAUAUUCGAACUAUAGCACGACUAUUACCACCUGGAGGUUUAUGGGCGAACGUUGGCCCUUUGCUUUACCACUUUUCAGAUAUGCCUAAUGAAAUAUCUAUUGAAGUGUCAUAUGAAGAAAUUCGCUCAGUUAUUAAAAAAUAUUUUACUAUUUCAAAAGAAUCCUGGAUAAAAUCUACAUAUACAGUCAACCCAUCAUCUAUGAUACAGGUGUAUUAUAAUUGUAUUCAUUUUAUUGCUAUUCGUAAUAAUAUACCGUUUGAGGGAAAGUCCAAUGUAGUUUACGAGUAAAAUUAUCUCGCAAUCUAGUAAAAUUCGAUUGCAAACGAAAUUUUCUUCCAUUUCCACUUC